CCGAAAGAGGCUACCCCUAGAUGACAUAACUUUCAUGUGGUCGAAAAAGUGAGCAUGAUAAAAUGCAUAACUUUUAAUAUAUUUUAGUGUGAAAAAUAAUUUUAGAUUAAAAAUGUCUCAAGUAAAAAUACGAAGUGUUUUACCUUUGCUUGACCGAGCAAGGAUCCAUCAAACUGGUCUUCACAAAAUAGGGAUUCCGCUUUAUCAAGCCUGUAGAUGUUGCAGUUCAAAUGUAGUAGAUGUUAAAAAUAUAAGAAACAUUGGGAUAUCUGCCCAUAUUGACUCAGGAAAAACUACUCUGACGGAAAGAGUCCUGUUUUAUACUGGAAGGAUCCAUGAAAUGCACGAGGUUAGAGGCAAAGAUCAAGUAGGAGCAACCAUGGACUUUAUGGAACUUGAAAGGCAGCGAGGAAUAACCAUUCAGUCUGCAGCUACAUUUACAACUUGGAAAGAUAUAAAUAUUAAUCUUAUAGACACACCCGGACAUAUUGAUUUCACUGUCGAAGUAGAGAGAGCCCUGCGAGUUCUGGAUGGAGCUGUUUUGGUACUCUGUUCUGUUGGAGGAGUUCAGAGCCAAACCUUGACAGUCAACCGGCAAAUGAAACGAUAUAGUGUCCCGUGCCUUGCAUUUAUUAAUAAAGUAGACAGAUUAGGUGCCGAUACAUCGAGAGUUCUUUUACAAAUGAGAACGAAGUUACGUCAUAAUGCUGCCUUGCUACAAUUACCCAUUGGCCUCGAGUCAGCCCACAAAGGCAUUGUGGACUUAAUAAAAAGAGAGGCUGUGUACUUUGACGGAAGCUUUGGACUGGAUAUAAGAAAGGAUGAAGUGCCUGCCAAUAUGAGAGCUGAAUGCGGAGAUAAAAGAGCUGAGCUAAUCGAAACAGUGGCAAACGUGGACGAAACACUCGGUGAAAUUUUCCUUGAAGAAAGGGAACCAACGGAGGAAGAAUUGAAGGCUGCCAUCAGACGCUCUGUUAUCCAAAGAACUUUUACGCCAGUGCUGCUAGGAACGGCAUUGAAGAAUAAAGGUGUUCAGCCUCUUUUGGAUGCAGUGGUAGAUUACCUCCCAAAUCCAACAGAAGUGAACAAUUAUGCCCUUGAUAUAGAAAAAGACGAAGAAAAGGUUCUUCUAGAUCCUGCAAGAAACGAUGCCAAGCCAUUAUUAAGCCUCGCUUUCAAACUGGAGGCUGGUAAAUAUGGUCAGCUAACUUAUAUGCGCAUUUACCAAGGACAGCUGAAAAGAGGCCAGUUUAUAGUGAACACGAGGACAGGCAGGCGAGUGAAAGUUCCUCGGGUAAUUCAAAUGCAUGCUGACCAAAUGCAGGAUAUACAAGAUGCUUAUGCAGGUGACAUAUGUGCCUUGUUUGGUGUUGAAUGUUCAUCGGGAGAUACGUUUGUUUCUGAAGGCGCACCUUCGCUUUCGAUGGAAUCAAUAUUCGUACCGGACCCGGUCAUUUCGUUAGCUGUCGAACCAAAGAACAAGACUGAUGUUGAAAAUUUUUCGAAAGCUAUCAAUCGUUUUACCCGAGAAGACCCAACAUUUAAAGUGCAUAUCGAUAAAGAAAGUAAAGAGACUAUUAUUUCUGGAAUGGGUGAGCUUCACCUGGAUAUUUACACUGAACGAAUGAAAUCGGAAUACAACUGCCCUGUCCUUACUGGGAAGCCAAAGGUUGCCUUCCGUGAAACUAUAACUGCACCCGCAAGUUUUGAUUACCAACAUAAAAAGCAGACAGGAGGCUCGGGUCAGUUUGGUCGUGUCAUUGGAAAGUUAGAGGUGCUUCCAGUUGAAUCCCUCACUCAUCUGGAAUUCGUAGACGCAACAGUUGGGAUGAAUAUCCCAAAAUCAUUCAUCCCUGCUAUCGAGAAGGGUUUCUACGAAGCCUGCGAACGUGGGUUUUUAACCGGUCAUAGAAUGUGUGGUAUGAAGUUUACCUUAGAAGAUGGCGCCGCUCACGCUGUCGAUUCAAGUGAGCUGGCAUUUAGACUCGCAGCCAUAGGAGCAGUUAAGCAAGCACUUGAAAAAGCACGCCCCAUAGUCCUGGAGCCAAUAAUGUUAGUUGAAGUGAAUGCACCGCAAGAAUUUCAGGGUGCUAUAAUGGGAAGCAUAAACAAGCGUAAAGGGUUGAUCACCGGAACAGAUUCAGUGGAAGAUUAUGCAACAAUUUAUUGCGAGGUUCCUCUCAACGACAUGUUUGGAUAUUCAAAUGAGCUGAGAUCCAUGACACAGGGGAAAGGUGAAUUCACAAUGGAAUUUACAAAAUACCAAGCGGCAAGUCCACAAUCCCAAGCGGAAUUAAUGGAGAAAUAUGGAACUGCUUCGGCACAAAAGGCGAAGCUAAAAGGAUGAUUUCUCGAUAAGUUAGUGAAUUUCAAAUUGAACGUUUAUAGGAAGAAGAUUGACUUUGUAUGAUAUAGCAACUGUUGCGAAGUUCCCCUGUAAGUAUUGAGUGUGAACAUGUUAAUUGUCUUAGUAAUUACGCAGUUCUUGGCGUAAUGUCCCAUCACCCCCUAGCACAAGUUUUUCCAACCAUAGAACCUACGUUUAUUGGAACUUAGAAGCCAAUCAGUUGGAACAUACGAGAAGAUUGCUUUGAGGCAAUGUUGCCAAACGUGUCUAGUACAAGAUGCAUUAGUAGGGUGGCAAUCAUUUGUUGAGGGGAAUCGAAUUUGUGCAUUUAUUAAAUUGAAUAAAUGAUCAAUAGAA